GGUUAAUUAGAGCUGGAAGUUAAUUAGUAUGCCUUCAUCUAAAGAUUACUUGGCUCCAAUUAGCCUGUCAUCUCAAGCUAGUAGUGUAUCUUCUGCUGCAGCUGCUCAUCGUCGUCGUGGUUCCUCGGUAGGAAAAAUCGAUGUAGGUGAUACUAGUUCUCCUGGUUUAUCAACAUUACAUACUUCAAAAGUUCAAAGAAAGAAGUCAGAGGCAAGAAUCUUGGAAUUGAGUAAAGAAUCUAAGUCUGACAUUGCUAUAGUUAAAAAAAUUUAUGUUGGAUUUACUGAACUUUCAUAUAGACAUACUUGGAUCGUACCUCUUAUUGUAUUAAUUCUUUCAUUCAGUACUUACUAUUUAUCUGCUCCUGAUUCAAAAGUUCAUUUAUUGUUACAAGAUUUGAUAGUACCAUCUUAUAAGAUUGAAGGUACCGAUCAAUAUGGUAAAGGUAGAAAUGAUUUUUAUUUUGUUGGAUUCUACGCUAUUUUCUUUACUUUCUUAAGAGAAUUCUUUAUGUGUUGUAUUUUGAGACCUCUUGCUGGUUACUUUGGCCUUAAGAAAGAAGCCAAAGUUAAAAGAUUUAUGGAACAAACAUAUGCAAUGUUUUACUAUGGAUGCUCUGGUCCAUUUGGUUUAUGGAUCAUGUCUCAUUUACCACUUUGGUUCUUUGAGACUACUCCAUUUUAUACUGACUACCCUCAUAAAACUCACGACUUUUACUUCAAAAUUUAUUAUUUGGGUCAAGCUGCGUUUUGGGUCCAACAAUCGGUAGUUUUGAUCUUACAAUUAGAGGCUCCAAGAAAAGAUUUUAAAGAAUUAGUCUUACAUCACAUCAUUACUAUUGCCUUGAUUUGGAAUUCUUAUAGAUUUCAUUUCACGUGGAUGGGUUUGGCUAUUUAUAUUACAAUGGAUGUAUCAGAUUUCUUCUUGGCUACUUCAAAGACUUUGAAUUAUAUAAAUUCCCCAUUAACUGGUCCAUUCUUUGUUAUAUUCGUUGGAGUUUGGAUUUAUCUCAGACAUUAUAUCAAUUUGAAAAUAUUGUAUUCUGUUUUGACUGAAUUCAGAACUGUUGGUGAAUGGGAAUUAAACUGGGUUACUCAACAAUAUAAAUGUUAUAUUUCUCAACCAAUUGUUUUCUUCUUAAUUGGGGCUUUACAAAUCGUUAAUGCAUAUUGGUUAUUCCUUAUUUUCCGUAUUUUAUGGAGGUAUGUGGUUGGUGGAGUUGCUAAAGAUGAAAGAAGUGAUGAUGAAUCCGGAUCUGAAGAAAGCAGUGAAGACGAAUCUAAGAAACACCAAUAGAUACAUAAUUCCCAAUCAAAUCUAUUCUUUACUCAUUGUACAAAAUUAUACUCCUCAGCAUGUAUACAUCUACAUAAUAAUUUAAUACUUAACCCACUUGUAGAUAUACUUUUUAAUUUUAUUUGUAAUGUUGUUUAUUAUUAAUUUCAAAGUUUAAUAGAUAUAUUUAUUAAUUGCAAAAAA